AUGGCGAUGAAACUCGAAAAGAUACAUAGAGUAUUAGAAUUCAAGCAAUCAGAUUGGUUAAAGAAAUACAUAGAUCUGAAUACAGAAAUGAGAACUAAAGCAACUAAUGAUUUCAAAAAGGACUUUUUUAAACUAAUGAAUAACUCUCCGUAUGGUAAGACAAUGGAAAACAUAAGAAAUCGUGUUGACAUAAGAUUAUGUUUCUUUAAUAAACCCAUCUAUGUGGAAAUGAGUAUAUUAGAUCUUUCGAAGCAUUUGAUGUAUGAUUUUCAUUAUAAUGUGAUGAAAUCUAAAUAUGGAGAUAACAUAAAACUGUUAUAUCAGGAUACUGACAGUUAUAUAUAUGAUAUAAAACCAGAUGAUAUUUAUCAAGACAUGAAGGAAAUGAUCGAUUACUUUGAUACAUCUGAUUAUCGUGAGAAUAAUCAAUAUUGUAUACCGAGAGAAAAUAAGAAGGGGUUAGGCAAAAUGAAGGAUGAAAAUAAUGGAAAAAUAAUGAGAGAAUUUGUUGGUUUAAGAGCAAAAAUGUAUGCCUUAAAAGUAGAAGUUCAGGUUACAAAGAAAUCAAAAGGAGUAAAGAAAUGUGUUGUUAAAAAUAGGACAUCAUUUGAUGUUUAUAAAGACUGUUUGUUUAAUAAAAUAGAGCAUUCCCGAACAAUGAAUGUAAUUAGAAGCAAGAAACAUAAACUUUAUUCAAUAAAAGUAAACAAGAAGGCGUUAUCACCACAUAAUGAUAAGAGAUAUAUAUUGGAGGAUGGAAUUAAUACAUUAGCAUUAGGACAUAAAUUUUUUCUUAUAUAA